AUGGAUGGAGAGAACGCUGAAGGCGCACAAGUCAAUGGAGACGUAACGGCGAAUGAAGUGGAUCACGAGCAGGAUAUGAACGGCGAGGCAGCGGGUUCGCAAGAAGCGCAACAGCCACUACCUAUACAGGGCGAGCGACAACCGAAUAAAGUGCGCAUUACGACGCCGUACUUGACGAAAUAUGAGAGGGCUCGUGUAUUAGGGACGAGGGCGCUGCAAAUCAGCAUGAACGCUCCUGUACUAGUCCAACUUGACGGGGAGACAGAUGCACUUCAGAUUGCGAUAAAGGAGCUGUCGCAGCGAAAAAUUCCGCUUAUUAUUCGACGGUAUCUUCCGGAUGGUAGUUUCGAGGAUUGGAGCGUAGCGGAACUUAUCAGCGAAUGA